CACGACACAGAGAGGCGCUAUUUAGUUAUAAUCUGCCAACUGGCGGUAAGUUACAUCUUUGACAUUCUCACUUGAGAAUUAUACACAGACUGACAAUUGUAAUAUCUUAAAAAAUACUUUAUAUUCGGAGUUUAACGUUUAUCAAGACUUACUUUCGCUUUUAGUUACUGACAAGAUAAGGAAUGUUUUGGUUUUUCGCCUGCAUAUUCUCUGCGCUCGUUCAUUGGUCUGUACACUUUUUAGGUUGGCCAAUCAGCGUAUUGUUGCUAGGCCGCUUUGUGUCAUUUAUUGGCUGGCCUGGCUGUCAAUCAAACUGGGAGCUUGUAACGCGAGGCCCGAUGCGCGUCGGUGCUGUAGUAACAGAGGGCUGCUGGCGAGGUGCGUGGCUGAUGAAGAUACCUGCAAACUUUGUGUUGUGGAGAAUGAUCGCCUGUUUUGCAUGAAGGAGCCUUUCUAAAGAGGGAGAGAGUUCGGCCUGCGCGUCUUUUCCAUUCAAAGGUGUGCUCUCCUCCCUCCUGAAGCUUCACCACGGCCCUCACCUGUGUGCUCCACUGUUUCUCCAGCGAGUCGUCCUGGACGUCCCGGCCCUUCCUGCUCCGCCCCCGUGCCGUCUCCCCCGCCACGGUCGCCAUGACGCGCUCCAAAACCUUUCAGGCCUACCUGCCCAACUGCCAUCGCACCUACAGCUGCAUUCACUGCCGAGCGCACCUGGCCAAUCACGAUGAGCUCAUCUCAAAGUCUUUUCAAGGGAGUCAAGGCAGGGCAUACCUCUUCAACUCAGUGGUGAAUGUGGGCUGUGGCCCAGCGGAGGAGAGGGUACUGUUGACCGGUCUCCAUGCGGUGGCCGACAUCUACUGUGAGAAUUGUAAAACCACUCUGGGCUGGAAAUAUGAGCAUGCCUUCGAAAGUAGUCAGAAGUACAAGGAGGGCAAAUUCAUCAUCGAGCUGGCCCACAUGAUCAAGGACAACGGAUGGGACUGAAGACCCUGAGCUCUCCAUCCUCGAGGCCCAUAACGCUGGAAAGAGACAUGCAGCAUAUGAAUAAUUGGUUUCAUUAUCUGGCUGUAACUUCCUCCCUGGAAAUCUAUCUACCUGACACACACCUCUAAACCUUGAGGGUGCAAGGUUCAUAGCAGCAGCAGCAGCGCUCCCCCCAUCCCAUGUGUGUGUGUGUGUGUGUAUAUACACACAUAUAUACGCGUUUGACUGGACCAAUAUGUGCCAGCUAGACACCAAGUGUUUAUAUUAUGUGAGUAUUUUCCUAUUCUAUUCAAGGGAGUGCACAAAUCGACAUUUGCUUUCCUCUGGGUUGGCCGAGGUCACGCUCAGGUUUAACUAAUGGCUGGAUCCAUGGUAAAAGAAGGGUGAAAGACGAACCCAUUUAGCACGGCACCUUUUAACUCAUUGGUGUUUUAAACAAAGCAAAAACACACUAAAACGGAAGCGACAUCCAUUUGUUUCCCUUACGUGUCUUUAUUUCUUCUAGUCUUGUCAUUAUCAUUCGCAUGUUGUUUAUUUAUACGUAUAUUUAUUGAUUUUGACGUGGUUGGUAAACCGUAGCAACCACGGUGGUCUUUGACUAGUGGAAUUAGCCAUGUUUGAUAGAGGCUUGUACGUACACUUCCUCUCCAGAUUGUCAUCUGUCUCCUUUUGAAUGUGGUUAUGGAGUAAAUGAGGCAUUCGUAUGCCAUUUAUA